AUGGAUGCCUCGGCUCGAGAAUCGAUGAAGGACGCAGCGAAGCGCGAUAAGCACUGCGAUAUCAUGAAUCCUUCGAAUAUACCGGUAUACUCGACGCUGACCGAGUUGGCAGCUAUCGAAUACCCGAAAUAUAUCGAAAUGUCAGUCAUCCUGAUCGCCGCCGGCAG